AUGUACCCUGAAAGCUCAGAAGCCGAGUCUAAAUCUGCGUCCAGAGAUGUUGUUCUUGACAUCGAUAGACUCGAAGACAACAAAGUGAAUGACCUAACGCCUACUGCGCCCCCUCCAGUCCACCUGCCAACACAGUCGACCAGUGACUUUGUCCUUAUCGAAGUCAAGGAAGAUGCGCAAGCAGAGUGGCAGUACACGGAGAAUCCUAUUGCAAACGACCAAGUGAUCCCUCAGUUUAUGCAAGUCUUGGAAGACCUAGAAAAGGAUACGCCCUCGUCGCCUCCGUCUCUGACACUAUUAGCAUUCGAUGCCGGUACCAAGAUCACAAUUCCACCAGACACUGGUUACAUAAUCAACAACAUCCUCGAAAGCCUGGAUCUGACAUUUUUCCCCGUUCCACCAGGCCUAGUCACUUUUCACAGCAUUCCCCCACGAUAUCGCAAAAACUAUCAGCAGGAUGGGUCGACAGACGGCAUCGUUAGGAAGAACAAAUUCAUGACUGAACGUUGUGCCUGUCUCAUCUUUGAAGUGGCAUGGGCGUACUCCCCUCGUUCAGGGGCAGUGUGCGCCUUCAUGUGGAUUGGAAGCCCUAGCACUUCACCACCUGUAUAUGCUGUAUGGGCGAGGCGUUUACUAGAUGAUCUGCAGUCUCACCGCCGCUAUGCCUCUCAUCCUAUGCUUCUCGGAUUACUGGCCCACUGGCAGGGCUUUUUAGCGAUUCGAGAUAUGUUCGGCCCGACCCUUCUCGACAUUGAGGCCGUGAUGCAGGCCACAGGUUUCUGGUACAAUGUCGACUGGAACACGGCUAAGCCCGUCAUCACAGAACAGGAACUCGGAGACUAUUCUGCAAGAGUCACGGGAAUGGCUAUCAAUAUCGGUACGAUAUGUGACGACCUGUCGGGACUUCGCGAGCUGGCAGAAUUCACCAUUGCAGAAUGCAAUCGCAUGGAAUUGGACUGUGACAAAGAUGACGGCAGCCCUCCCACCAAAGAACAGUUAUUGUUGGCCGAAGCAAGCCGGUACAUUCGACAACACGCCAUCAGUCGUGCUCGAUUGACGGGCCAGCUCCUCACUCAGGCAAAGAGCUGGGAGCACAAGUCUGUCUUAGUCGUCCAAGGGCUCUUCAGUCUCAUCACUCAACGUGAUCAGAAUCAAAAUCUGCGGAUUGCGAACGACACUCAGAUACUCGCACAAGAGUCCAAGCGGGACAGCACUGCCAUGAAGGCCAUUGCAAUUGUCACCAUGUUUUUCCUGCCUGGAACUUUCUUGAGCUCCCUCUUCGCCAUCCCUGUUUUUGACUGGGACGCUCUGCAUGGGAAUGAGGUGGUGAAUCGAAGACUGUGGGUGUAUUUUGCGUUCACGAUACCUACAACGUUCCUGGUCGUGUCACUGUAUCUACUCUGGGAAAAAUACGCCAUGCACCUCUACGACAAUAAAAUCAAGGCGAGAGACAACCCAGCACCUAGCCCAGCUGCUAGUGUUGCCGAAGAACACGCACAACAUCCACCUCCGCAUGACAAUCGCCCCCCGUCGCUGUACAGUGCAGACAACCGGCUCUCGGCCAGAAGCAUCAGCCCCUCGAUAUUGAGCAGAAAUCAUCGCCCCUCAAUCCACGGCUCGCACUUGGAUCACUUGGGUCCGGGUGGCCCCAGUCGUAGGACUACGUGGACUUCAAAUCGUUGA